UUGCAGAUUGCCGAAAAUUCCCACGGGUUCUUCGCUUUACAAGAUGCCAUAGCUCAAGCUUUAGGGUUCGGUUUCAGGUUUUCUUCUAGCGUGAAUUUUAUUCGGUAUGUGCCUCUGUUAAAUUUCUUCUAAGGAAUAAGUGUAUGUCUUUUGCUAAUGUCAAUGAACUUAUAGUUUGAAAGAUGGAGAAUGAGGAUGGGCUUGAGCUUAGCUUGGGUCUGACCCUUGGUGGAGCUUGUGUCAAGUCUAGAAGUAAACUUACGAGCUCCUCCGGAGCAAACGCCGAGGAAAGCGAUAGAGGCAAUAAAUUGGUCGAUGAUUUUAAGAAUUUUCGACAUGGAGAUAAUCCGAGGCAGGAAUCAGACACGGGAUCUUUUGAAAGUAAUUCAAUUCCAUCUAAAGAUAAUUUCUUCAAUGACCUGUUGAAGGUCGGAAUGGAUGGAGAUUCUUUGAUCGAUUUGAAGAGGAAAGGAACCUGGAUCGAAAGUAGUUAUGCAGAAGCCGAGGAUGAAAAUCUGCCAGAUAUCAGCAAUAAACGGAAGUUGUUGUUCGUGGAAAUGAACGGUCAAAAGAAGCGCGAAAGAGAAUCUCACGAAAAAGGAAUGGCAUCACACAUUUCCUCUACUGAAGAUGGUUCGACUGCCGAAAAAGGCGAUGUCGUAGAGUCUAGACCCGAAGGUUCGACAUCAAGGUUAGCAUCAAAACAUGAUGAUAGCUACCAACAAUGUAUAUCUGUGGAAUUUCUGUGGAAUUUGCCUAAAGUUUCAAAGGAUAUCUGUGGAAUUUCUGAUUCAAGUAGGCAGAAAAGGUUUAACAGUUCAUCAGUUGGAGUUCCAAACUCUAUCCAAGUCAUGAAUAUGCAUAAUGUUAACACUCAUGGUGUGCCUAGCUCAAUGGGUCACUUGCAACUCGGAAUGCAGCAUGUGCCACCUACUAUAAACGGUGACCGAUCGGGACCCGAGCAUGUAAACCUUAGAAACUUGCCUCUUACAGCUGGUGUUUCACCGCUUCCGAUUUCGGCAAUGGACAAAGAUAAGCCAUGGGGUUUGGUUUCUCAUCCUCAAAUGAUCCAUCGCCCCUAUGGCGGGGGCACCCCGUCUACUAGCUCAGUUGCCGAGCAAGUAAUCGGACAUUUUUCAUUCGAGGGAUUGCUCCACGGUGAGAGCGCAACGGAACGUACCAAAGACGAUAGCAAACAGUCCGCCAUGGAAGAGGGUUUGUCCUCUUCUCGAGCAGAACACAUGAAAGUAAGCAUUCCGAACGUUAAUACGAAAGACAUAUUAGAGCGACCGAAAGCGGCUGGUGUGUCCCUUGAUAUCCCAGCUAUAAAGCCAGGCAUUGGUACAGAUAUAGAAUUUGGGGGAUGUGGUUCAUACCCAAACCUCCCUUGGGUUUCCACCACUGGUGCUGGCCCUACUGGUAAGACUAUCUCUGGUGUAACAUAUAGGUUUAAUGCAAACCAGAUCAAGAUUGUUUGUGCUUGCCAUGGUACUCACAUGUCUCCUGAAGAGUUCAUUCGACAUGCGAACGGCGAGAAUUUUAGUGCACAGAAUGACAAUGGUCCCGCAACGAUUCCUAACAAAAACCCCACUGCCUCGGCACGAAGUUGAUGUGUGAUAUUUUCUCGGAAUGAAAACGUCGAAGUUGCGGUGAAGAGGCUGGUAGACAUGAUUUUGCAGGCACCUGUCUUGUUAUAUAUUUCCUUGUAUCAUAAGGUAAGUUGAUAAUGUUCGAGUAUUUUCAUGAU